CAGCAUCAGCCUACGUCUCGUGUCUUCCGCAGAAACCAACCCACGCGACCCAACUCCUCCUCGCCAUUACAGAGAAUCUCGCGCAGUUCGCCAGGAAACGAGGAUCGAUUUUGGACAACCCAAUACGCGCCCGCACGCAAGCGCAGACGGACAGAGGAUGAAGUUCUGCAAGAAGUACCAGGAGUACAUGCAGGGACGGGAAGGGAAGAAGCUUCCCGGUGUUGGGCUCAAGAACCUCAAGAAGAUCUUGAAGAGAUGCAGCAGACGACACUCCCUUCAUCCCCAGAAGGCCCCCCUUCACGUCGUCGAUAAUCCCCACACUUGCCCUGCUCACUGCUCUGUGUGUGAUGGAAGUUUCUUCCCUUCCCUUCUCGAGGAGAUGUCCGCUGUUUUAGGCUGUUUCAACAAGCAGGCGCAGAAGUUGCUCGGGCUUCACCUGGCUUCGGGAUUUCAGAAGUAUUUGAUGUGGUUUAAAGGCAAACUUCAAGGAAACCAUGUCGCUUUAAUUCAAGAAGGAAAAGAUUUGGUUACUUAUGCACUGAUAAAUGCAAUAGCCAUCAGGAAGAUAUUGAAGAAGUAUGACAAGAUUCAUUUAUCUACUCAAGGACAAGCUUUCAAAUCACAAGCGCAAAGGAUGCACAUGGAGAUCCUCCAGUCUCCGUGGUUGUGCGAGCUUAUCGCUUUCCACAUUAAUAUGAGGGAGACCAAGGCCAAAUCUGGAAAGGGCCCUGCCCUUUUCGAGGGUUGCUCUCUAGUAAUCACUGAUGGCAAGCCGUCGCUCUCUUGUGAACGCUUUGACUCUAUCAAGCUAGAUAUCGACUUGACCUGUUCUAUAUGCUUGGACACGGUGUUCGAUCCAGUUUCUCUUGCUUGUGGCCACAUAUUCUGCUAUAUGUGUGCUUGCUCAGCUGCGUCUGUGACAAUUGUUGAUGGACUGAAAGCAGCAGAACCAAAGGAAAAAUGUCCGUUAUGUCGAGAGGCCAGAGUUUAUGAAGGUACUGUACAUUUGGAUGAACUCAAUAUAUUGCUCAGUAGAAGUUGUCCAGAGUAUUGGGCGCAGAGGCUUCAAACGGAGAGAGUCGAAAGGGUUCAGCAGGCGAAGGAGCACUGGGAAUCCCAGUGCCGAGCGUUCAUGGGCAUGGAAUAAGACAGUUUCCCCCUUUGAUGAGAUUGAUUUCUCUCUUGCAUAUUAGGCUACACCAUUGUGUUUGUUUAUAGUCAUGUGAUUAAGCUGCAGUGCCGAAACUUUCGUCACUUUGCGUUCUUGGGCUUGUUCCUCUGUUCCUUUUGAACGUAUGAACACGUACGUUUGAAUCGUGAUUGUCCUCCAUGAUU